UUGGACCCUGAAGUUUUGGAGUCCAGCCUCCUUCCCCAUCCUGACAGGCACAUGCUAGAGCCUCUGGCUGGAGGACCAGCUUCACUAUCUUCAUAUCCCUAACACAGGAAAUUUCUGCCAGGAACUGGAGAGGGAACUGGCACCCUUCCAGGGACAAGUUAGUAAAAACUUCCUAGAGAAAGCACGACCCUUGUGUGGUGACAGCAUCUUGCUCAGAAACAGAACCCUUGGAGAGCCCCCAGAAGACCUGCCUUGUGAAUACCUGUGGUUGUCCAGGCAUGAACGGCUUCCCAGGCAAAGAUGGGCGUGACGGCGCUAAGGGAGAAAAGGGAGAACCAGGCCAAGGGCUCAGAGGUGUGCAGGGUCCUCCUGGAAAGUUGGGGCCUCCAGGAAACCCAGGGCCCCCUGGGUUACCAGGAAGAGUGGGCCAAAAAGGAGACCCUGGGAAAUGUCCAGUUUGUGAUAACCACAUGGCUGCUGCAGAAAGAGAAGCUCUGCGGUCGGAAAUGAACCAGCUCAAAAAGAUCCUGGCCUUCCUUCUGGGGAAACAAGUCGGAAGGAAGUUCUUCUUCACCAAUGGUGCAAAGAUGACCUUUGAAGAAGUGAAGGCUCUGUGCACCCAGUUCCAGGGCUCGGUGGCCACCCCCAGGAAUGAUGAAGAGAACAAGGCCAUCCUGGACAUCGCCAAAGGAGAGGCCUUCCUGGGCAUCACAGAUGUAGAGACUGAAGGUCGUUUUGUGGAUCUGACAGGACAGAGCAUUACCUACCAAAACUGGAAUGAUGGUGAGCCCAACAACGCUGCCUCUGGGGAACACUGUGUGAUGAAUCUGAUGAAAAACAGCAAGUGGAACGACAUCACCUGCUCAGCCUCCCUUUUGGCAGUUUGUGAGGUCUCUUUCUAAGGAAGUAUGUCCCUCAGGCCCUCCUGGCCUCAACCUCAACUCAGGCCCACCUUUGCUUUAAAAAUAAAUCUAUGCCAACCUUGCCAUUCCCAGACUUGAUUUGCCCCUUUGUGGGGAAUCAGAGAAAAUGAGAAGAAUGGGCUGAAGGGCAGGAUGUGCAGGUGAGAGGUGAGAAGAAAGUGGCAGGGGUGCAGUGGGAGUUUCUUAUUCAGACCCAGUUGCUAAUAAUAAUCACUAACAACAACAACAACAAAAUCAUAACAGUGGUGGUAAGUAGUAGCAGCCAUACAAGUGCUGAUAACCUAUUUUUAAUGUUUCUUAGGACUCAGACCCUAUAUUAUGCAUUAUAUACUUAUAAUCUAUAUUCUUCAUACAAUCUAUGUAAUAUUAGUAUAAUUUAUGUAAUGUGAUUUUUAAUUAGGCUAUGCACUUUUGUCCAGUGGUGUUAGCUUGCUAAGGUAUUGUAUGAAAAUAAAGUGGAUUUAUUUUUUCACUUACCAUAAACCCCAGUGUCCUACUGAGCCCUCCUUUCUCUCUGGGUAGAGAGCUCCACCAAUGACAGCCCAGCCUAAUUCCAUGGCUUUGCGCUGGUCUCAGGUACGAAGAGGAUCUAUCCUGUUGCUUUCUUUCUGAAAUAUAUCUUAUUUUCUUUUAAAUGAGCUACUAAUCUAUGUAAAGAAUGUAAAUAUCAAGUGAACUAAUAAAUCAAUUCUUCUAAGUACCUUCUGGGUCCAGAUGGACCUUCUGGGUACAUUUCUAGCAUCCUAGAAGCCCCUUCAUAACUCUCCUGGUUGAUAUUCACAAGGGAAAAUCUACUCUGACCUCUGUUACCAAAUAUUAAUUUUGUUGACUUACAAACUUUGCAUAGAUGGAAUCAUACAUACAUACUGUAUUAGGUUCUGUUUUUUUAUUCAAAAUUAAGUCUGUGAAGUUCAUUCAUGUUGUUACAUUGUAGUGACAGGCUUUUCAUUUUCAUUGCCAGGUAGGGUUCCACUAUAUGAAUAUACCUCAGUUCUAUUUUUAAUGAACUCUUGGUCUGCUUCCCAAUUUGACCAUUAAGAAAAAGCUGGUGAAAAUGUCUGCACGCGUCUUCUGGUGGACACAAGCACUAAUUUCUCCUGGUUACCCACCCAGGAGUAGAACUGGUGGGUCAUGGGGUAAGCAUGUGUUCAGCUUCAGUAGAAGCUGCCAGAGUUCCAAAGCGACCAGAAGGGUUUACACUGCCACCAGUCAUGUGUGUCAGCUGUAGCUGCUCUGACUACUUGUGAGGAGUUGGUAUUUUCAGUUCUUUUAAUGUUGGCCAUCCCUGUAGGUAUCAAGUGAUAUUUCACAGUGGCUCUACCCUCUGUCUCCAUGGCAUGUAGUAUGUUGAAGACGUUUUGAUCAGCUUUUGGCUACUUGGAUAUCUUCCUUUGUCAAGUCUUUUUGUAAUUUAAUUAAAAUAAGUAGUCAGUAUCUUUCUAUUUUUAAUAGAUUUUUUAAAAGAUUUUAUUUACUUUUAAUGAGGGGAAGGGAGGAAGAGAGAGGGAAACAUCACUGUGUGGUUGCCUUUUGAGCACUCCUUACUGGAGACCUGACCUACAACACAGGCAUGUACCCUGACUGAGAAUCGAACUGGCGACCCUUUGAUUCAGAGGCUGGUGCUCCAUCCACUGAGCCACACUAGCCAGGGCAACCAUUAUUUUUCUUAUUGAUUUGUAAAAGUUAUUUUUAUAGUUUGAAUAUAAGUCCUUUUUGCUUAUAUGUUUCACAAAUAGUUUUCAAGUUUAUGACUUGCUCCCAGUAUUGAGUUUUGAUGAACAGAGUUCUUAAUUUUAUCAAACUCCAAAGUAUCAAUAUAUUCCUUCAAAUUUAGGACUUUUCUAUAUUCUGUUUAUAAAAUCUUUGCCUAGUACAAAAUCAUAAAUAUAAUCUUACAUUUUAAUAGCUUAUUGCUAAACCUUCUAUUUAUCCCUUUUAUAAAUCUACAUGAUACAGUAAUACUAUUGUUGGAAAGACAAUUCUUAUUCCACACCCAUUGAAUUAGAUAGUACCUUUUUAUAAAUUGUGUAUGUGUGCAUCUAUUUCUGGGCUUUUUAUACUAUUCUACCUGUUUAGUUGUUGAUGUGUGUGCCAAAUACUACAUUAUCUCAGUUACUAUGCUAUUAAAAUACGAACUUAUAUGUGUUAGUGUAUGUCUUCCAGCUUUGUUCUUCUUCAAGAUUGCUUUGGCUUUCUUUAAUUAUUUGCAUUCCCAUAUAAAUUUUAGAACAAACUUUUCAAUUCCCACAAAAGCCUGAUCAGUUUCUAUUGGGACUGCACUGAUUCUUUUCAUCAACUUAUGCAGCAAAAUUGAUAACUAACUUGAGUCUCCAGUCAAUGAUCACAAUAUAAUUCUUCUUUUAACUAGGAUUUCUUUAAUUUCUUUUGUGGUUGAAGUUUUUAAUUUGGAG